UGUGCACAUUGUCAAGUAAACUCGUGCACCGGCCGUGGGUGUGGCGCAUCUUGUCUCCAGGACUCCCGAGUCAAUAAGUAAAACUUCCGGACUAAACAUGGUGGUAUGCUCUCUUUAACUGAAUCAACCUCCACACCCCAGUGAUCAGCAGAGAUCAAAUGUAGAGAGAAGAUGGACAGUCAGAGCAUACGCACCGGGAAGGUGGCUGCUGUUAUCGCUCUGGGAGCAGGUGCAUCGCUUUUCUUCCGAGGAGGCAGAGAUCCGCUAGACCGAGGAGGCGACGAGUCCCCGGGGAGCUGGAGGGAAACGGGCUUUCUGUCCAGGGCUCUGCUCUGCGUUAUCACCGUAGUUUGCCUCCUCGUUAUCUCCUGGCUGUAUAAACUCUUCUUCAGGCCCCUGGAGCUGCUGAAAGCGCCUCAUGAUGUAGGAUACAUCGCCGAGGACGGUCGCUCCAAAGCCCGGGCUGCAAACGAGGUCCGCCGCAGGAGAAAGGUCGGAGAGCUGCCGCCGGUUUAUCCAAACGGCUGGUUCCGAGUGCUGGACUCACACAUGCUGGAGAGGGGGGAGGUCAGAAACGUCUCUGUUGUAGGUAUGAUAAGUUUUAUAUGGCAAAACCAAAACGAAUCAGUAGAUGGGAAAUGAUAAAACUUUGGGUUUUCAUUUCAAGAACAAUAAAAUAUCGUCUCUUCAUGUAAAUCGUAUUUGUCUGUCCCUCCAAGAGAAAACAGUCUCCAAAUACUUAAUGUGUAAACUGAGAACAGGUUCGUUUAGAUGCUGACACUGCAGCCCUGUUUACCUGAGUGUGGUCCUCAGGUGAGGGUCUCAGAGCAAUACAAUUACCCAGAAUCCCUUCUCCUUUUCUGUACCUGACCAUGGGAGCCUAAAGCUGGCAAAAUACCAAAAUGCUACUUUUUGUGUUUACUGUCUGGGCUCUGGAGGGAAAUGAACAGACAACCAUCUGAGAUGCCAAAAUGUGCAAUUCUUAUGAACUGCAGAGAGGCUACUGUAAUUUUUUUAAAAACACCUAUUCUUGACCUUAGUAUGAGGUGAGCAAUAUAGCCUUUUAUCAUGGCUGUGAUUUUAAAAAAUACUGGUAAAAACACAGUCAAAGGUGACAUUUUGCAAGCUGCGGUAGUUUACCUUAAACUGGUUAGUUUUACAACGCUGAAAGUAGAAUCUGACUUGCAGCUUCCAACCGCUUCAGAUCAGGUCUUGCUCCACAACCACCAUACCUGGACUUACCAGGUCUAAAUGAUCAUUUCAGAGAAGCUACACUCUUUUUCAAGUUCAUGUAACCAUUAUUCUUUUUGAGACAGAGAAAAUGCAAAACGCUUUUUAAAAAAAAGUAGACCAAAAAGGACGAGAAUAUUUUUACUGCUUUUUAAACCCCCACACCUUGUUGGUUGACAACUGCAUAAUAAAGACCUGUCUGACUUGGAUUAGCUUGUGCCAAGCAGUCUGCAAUUUGUUCCGGACUAAAACUAAAAACCUGGAAGUUCCAUUUCUUUUCUAACACUUCUGCAAAUGUGACAAAGACUACACAAACCUCAAACUGUGUUAUAAAGAUUCUGGUGCCUCUCUAGUGUUUGGUGGUGGUCAUAGAGGCCUUUGGCGCGGAUUGGCAUUCACAUUUCCGUCAGUCUACUCAAGGGCAGCUGUGACCCAUAAGGUAGUUUACCACCACCAGGGUGUGACUGUGUGAGCGAAUAAAUGAUGCAUCCAAUGUAAAGUCCUUUGAGGGUCACUGAUAAAGCACUAUGUGAAAUCUGAUGCAUUAUUAUUUUUAUAAUCUAAUCCAGAUCUGACAAGUCUAGACGUAGUAUCUCUGGAUAGAAAACUGUGAUUUUUUCUUCAUAUGUUUAUGAAUAAGCAAAGAGGUCUGUAGCCAUUAUUUACUGCUUCAAGCUUGUAACUUGUAACUUGAAAUUCGAAACGAGUAAGCAUUUUCUUCCACCAUCUUGGUAUUUUCCACUCCUCCUGGUCUCUCUUGUCUUGGUGGUUGUGUUAGGCUUGGUUGCUAAGAUAAGAUACACAAUCUCACAUGACAAAGUUUUGAUUUAGUAUCGGUCAUUGUGUGAGGAUUAGGAUGCUUGGUAACCCCUUUGUGAAUAAAGCGUCAUUGUUUCAGGUCAGUCGGGCUUCAAAAUGCUCUUUUAAUGAAGCGGUUAUAUAACAGCAGCAGCCACAAAGUAUCAUUUAUAUCAAUCUGCUGAUGAUCAAUCUUUUAACGGAGGGUAGAUGUCAUCUCCCGUGGCCUCUUUCUGGUUUUUAACCUUCACUGAUUCAUGUUAAAAGCUUCAUUAUUGACUCAAACUGAGUAUUAUUACAUCGAGCGAGAAAUCCUCUGCUGAGGGAGCAGCUGUAUGCUCUUUGUUUAGUCGGAUAAGAGAAAACUGUCUUUCAAACUGUCAUGGCUCAUACAGGAGGUUAAGUCCUUAAACAGAUACUUGUAUGAGCAUCUGAUAAAAAUCAAAUCAGUUGAGUGAAUAACAAGAUCUCUUACAUCAGUUUGUAAUCACAGGCCUGAUCUGACCUCUUCGACUCGGAGAUUAUAGGGAUUUGACAGCCAAUGUGUUCCUCAAAUGAUCAGUGAUAAAAAGCCGUCAUUUACCGCCUUCAAGCUUUUGAUACUCCACAUUUGUGUCUCUGCUCUGCUUGCAAAGUUUGAAUUUGUUUCACCCUGAUAUCUGAUUUAUUUUGGCAUGUUUUCAUCAGGGCAUGCAAUUUAAUGAGACUUCACAUUUUCAGGUUUGUUGUUCUGGUGUGGAUUUGAAGCGGUGUGUUUGAUCACUUCACAGAGUUUCUUUGGGUUUGAGUUCAAAAAGGUUUCAAAGCAUGUGCUGCGCUUUCAUGUUUCUGUCACAUCACCUGCCAGAAAUAAACAAACAGAAUAGGAAAGGUGUUAUUUCUAAUAAAUUAUCUUCACGAAAAAAAAACCCCAGAUAUUUCUACCUGCAGAGGGAUUCAGCAAACAAGACGACUGAAUCAUUUAUUAUUGAGUCAGAGGUCAAAUAUUUAUGUAAAACUAAAUGAUUAGCCUUUUAAAAAUAUGGCGUGAUGUACAGUAUGUUAUGUAAGAGAUAAUACUAAAAAAAAAAAAAAUUUUGAGGUCUUAGAUUUGCACAAGUAAAGUAAUUAAAUUAUGAGAUUUAAGUCUGAAAUUUAUGAUAUUAAGGUUUGAAUUUUUAAAGACUUGAGUUGUAAUUAUAUGUUAACUUAGUCAUAGUUACAAGUGAAGGUUAAUCCAUACAGGCAAAAGCCACAUGAGGAAUAAAACAGGAAGAAAACACACGACUUCUGAAAAUUCUAAAAUCUGAUGUUGUUGUCAUUACUCCUCCGACUUUAGCUCUGGCAUCAUCUGCCCUCCAGCCUGGGUAUCAUAUCUGAUGUCGUAUGUAAAGGGGCCUGUAGCCUGGGAGUCACUUUGGACUCUGAUCUGUCCUUUAACACCCAGAUGACCAGUGAAGUGGUCCUAUAGACUGGACUGUUGUAAUGCAUUUUAUUUUGCAAUAUGCCCGACAUCCUAACCUGAUACCUGAGUCGAUUCCUGUCAGUCUAUGUUAGCCCCACCCCCACAUGACUCUGUAUGUGUGGUUAUGAGGGGGUGGGGGCACUUAGCAAAACUCCUGUGGUUUAAUGAAUAUAUGUAAAAUUAUUGAAGACAAUAAUGUCAAAUAAUGUCAGCACAAAUAGAGGAUACUGUCACUACAGGCCUUGACUUUUUCUAAUCGACUUUUAGGAUCUCCUCCUGCACCUGACAUCCAAUCGUCCUAAUUCUCUUGGACCAAAUUUAAGUUUGACUUCUUAUCAGGAUGUGUCAUGCUGUAAAUGCUUGCUCAUCUUGGCCUCGGCUUUCUCUGCACUCAUCCAUCUGAAAUCAAAUAUUAAAUUCUGCCCACCGUGUCUUUUCCCUUGUGCUGCUCUCACACUCGGUGCUGUGGCUCAGCUCUGCCCCACAACAGUCUCAGGUCAGCAGCACAGUGCUGUGUCAACCCUCAUUAAGAUGAGCCUUAUUUUUGGACUUCCCAGAAUUUUAUCACCGAGCACCCUGGUUAGACAUGACUAGAGCUGGCUCUGUGAUUACUCCUGGCCACUAUGACCCAGUUAGUGCUAAUCUGGGAGCAAUCUGAGUAGAGGGUCAGCCAAAAGUCAAUCCUGAUACAGUGUAUACAGUAGUUAGAGGUCUAAAUGUGUGGUGCCCAAAUGGGGGCAUAUUCAGUCUAGACAGGCACCAAAUGGCCUAUUUGGGAAAAGCCAGCUGGUGUAGGUGAAGGAAAUUUACAAUUUAACGCCCCCCAGUGGUAGCACUAAGAAAAGACAGGAUGGCAGAGAGCAAUGGAAACUGGACCAGAGGAGCGUUUUUAUGUCUUUUCAAACAUUUCAGGGUAAAUCUUUCAGGUGUAUUGUUGAGUUGUUGUAGUGCCAAAUUUUAUCUCAUAAGCCUAAAAUCUGAACCUCAUACUGUCAAUGGAACUAAAAGCAAUCCUGAUUUACUCUUGGCUUUUAAACUAUUUUAAUAUUUUCAGCCUCUUUUAAAUUUGAAAAUGGGAUUUUAUUUUUUAAACCAAAGAAAAAAAAUAUUUUUAAUAUGCUAAAAGGAAAACUCUUUUUGGCAUAUUACCAGGGCUGAAAUGAGUAUUGAAAAGUUUGGAAUCAAUUAAGGUACACUUAUUGAAUGACAUUUUAUACAAGUAGAAGUAACCGUUGAGAGUCUGUCAGUCUGCAAAAGUAAAAACAAACAUUUGAAAUCAUUUCAAGACAAAAGACUGUACCAGAUAAAAAUAAAAAAAAUCAUCGUCUCAUCUUAAUCUUUUGGCCAAACUUUUAGCAUGAUUUUAAAUGUAUAAAAAUCACAUUUGCAUUAGUGGCUAACCCAAGUUUGUCAUCUCUUUCAUAAAACUUUUUCCUUGCAUUUGAUAGUUGGGAUACUGUAUGAGGCACAUACUUGUUUUGCUGGUAAUCACUGUGUGUAAAUUGCAUCCGUAAGUGGUGACCUAUUUCUUUUUUGGUGUCCCAGGUGAACAGGUAGCAGUGUUCCGGGGCGAGGACGGCAAGGCCUACGUGGUGGACGCCUACUGCCCUCAUCUGGGUGCCAACCUGGCUGUGGGAGGACGAGUGGUAGGGAGCUGCAUCGAGUGCCCGUUUCAUGGAUGGCAGUUCGAGGGGAACAACGGCAAGUGUGUGAAGAUCCCCUACGCUGAAAAAGGUACAGAGUGGAGAUCGUUCUCCUCUGCAAAACACAAGUAGCUACAUUACUGAUAGACUGAUUUCAUAAAGAUUCUCUCAGUGCGGUGGUACUGAGAUAGGAAGAGAGGAAAAUGCUAAACCUGAAAAAGCUCAUUAUGAGAUCCUGUCAGUCUCAUUGCUGUUGGUCUAAUAAAUAAUAAAUAAAUAAAUGUCUCAUAAAUAACCUGAAGCUAUUUGCUUAGAGAAGUUCAAUUACUCAUUUUAUUCAACCUUAAGGCCUUUUAACUGAGAAAUAAAAAAAAAACCAUCUGGAUAUUGAUGUUGCACAUGAAGGCAUCAAUAAACUGCACAAUUAAUUCAGAGGAUGGUAAAUAAUCGUGUUUUAAGUGAUUGUGCAUCUUGUUGGAGAGAUUGGGAAAAAAAAAACUCAAAUCAGGGAAAACAGAUGUACGGGUGUUUUUGACACAGGUGUGUAAAAAUUUGCAUGUAUUUUGUGUCAAACAUAUCUUUGUGUAUAACUUUUGUCCAGAAGGUGGCACCACAGUCUGAUCUUGUUUGGUUAAUAAACAGACUUAAGAUUCUACACUUUAAAAAACAUCCCACAGAAUCUACUCAGUCAGAUUGGCUUACAGCACUCUGUAAGUUCAUAACAUAACAAUAUAACACUUAUAAUAUGCUACAAGAUACUGUAAUAUGAAAUAUAAAAUGAAUAAUGUUAAGUCAGCUUCAUAUUUUUUAGUAGAUUAAACAAAAAAAUAACUCAUCACUUAUUAUUUUACCAUUCUGCUAAAAGGGGGAUUUUCGUUCACUAAAUAAUUAUUCAAACGUAUCAAUAAAUAUGACUGGUUAGCCUUUAGCCUUUUCCUAAAGACUAUGAACAGACAAAGAAGACAAUAGUCUUUAUUUCAGUUGUUUUUACAAGCCACAUUUUUGACAAAAAAAGGAAUUAAAAUCUUCAGAUGUCGACCUUCUUGACACCAAAUCAAAAAAGGUUAAAAAGAAUAUAUUAAAAAUUCCAAAAUUAAAAAAUAAAACCAUCAAAUAACAUGCAAAAAAUCUUCAGAUAAUUGAUAUAUUUCAAAAAGUCUUUAGGUAUUAGUAUUGAGGCUGAAAUAUGGCAGAGAUGUUGCAGCUUUACUCCAGGAAAGACUACAUCAUUUUAACAGCUAUUGUAUAGGUUCAUAUUGUUUUAUUCGGUUUAUUUUUAUUUAUUUAUUUAUCUAAAUUUCAAAUAUCUUUCAGUGCCAGAGUUUGCCAAAGUGCGCAGCUGGCCCUGCUGUGAGGUCAACGGUCAGAUCCUGGUUUGGUUUCACUGUGAUGGAGUAGAACCUCAGUGGACCAUCCCUGAGCUGCAGGAAAUUACCAGGAGGGAGUGGGUCUAUCGGGGCAGAACUGAGCAUUUCAUCAACGCUCACAUACAGGUAGGUGUUUAGGUUGAUUCAGCAACAAACUCCUGAGUCAGAGAAGAGGAAAAUUUAACACACUCGUGGUCAUGACUUCUGUUUCUUUAAGGAAAUUCCUGAGAAUGCAGCAGACAUCGCUCACCUUGGUCACCUGCACACACCAGGUAUGGUGAGUGGAGUGGAUCUGCGUUUCACCAACAGCAAAACCUGGGAAUUUCUACGUCAUCAUUGGAAGGUACACAGUUUUCUUAGCUUUGUUCAGGCACAAAAUGAACUCCAGAUGUUAUCUUACAACAUAUUUUACAAGUUUGCAGAAAAAUAGCUGAUUUGUUUGCAGACAUUUUGUGGUAUCAUCUCCAGAAAUCUGCUUUGAUUUUUUAAAUGAUUUUAAAGUGCUUGGAUUGUAGAUGGUGCAGGUCUGUUUAGACGGUUGAUUUAUUUUGGAAUAGCUACAGAAACUAUAUUUCUUUGUGCUUUGUCUUUUUUUUAUUCAUCCAUGAAAGGCCCAAUGGGAGCCAGAGUCAGAGCCCAACAAGCAUUGUUCGAGGAUGCUGGUGAAUCAUGCGAUCACUGUGUUUGGACGUCACUGGUCUCUGCUGGAUAUGGAUGUUGUUGCCAGACAGGUACAGGGAAAUUCAAAGUAGGAGAUCAAAUUACUAUUAAUCUAUUAAGUAAUGUAUAUAAUAAAUGUUCUGAUUAUGCACAGUGCUGGUUUUGACAGAUUUAAAUGAUCAGGCUGACAAUAUCUUACAUGUGUGAGUGUGUCUCAGGUGGGUCCAGGAGUGGUGUUUCUGCAGUUCGAGCACAGCUCUCUGGGUCGGGGGGUCAUCCUGCACUGUGUGACUCCAGUGGAGCCUCUACUGCAGUGUGUCUCUCACAUCAUCUUCUACCAGUCCAGCAUUCCACCUAUAGUGCCCAAGUUCAUCCUCCUGGCAGAGUGUAUUCAGGUAUGGUAAACACUCACCUUCUGCUCUUCCAUAGUAAAGUCUUACAUGGUCAGAUCUGAUUUAAAAUUAUAGUUAUCUUCUUUGAUGAACUUUGUGAAUAUCAGUUGAAGAGUCAGACUGUGAAUCAACUGGGGAUCCUGUAGCCAGAGUGACUCUAGUUUAGAAUGAAGAACAAACUGAACCAUGUGGUCCAGCUCCAAACUGGUUUACAGGCUCAUGAAGGUUAAUCUCUUUUCUAGAGUUGGUCUAACUUUGACAGAUCAUUACACGUGUUUGCCUUCCACUCAGCGUUUGGUUUGAUUCUGCCUCGUCAUUGCCACCAGAUGUAACACCACAAAGUCACAGAGAUGGUGCAAAUAGUUCUCAUUAAACCUGAUAAUUAUCUGAGUGUUGAAGUGAAAAACACCCACACUGAUUCAACAAAAUAAAAUGAUCUCAAAAUGUUUGUAUAUACUUACUAUUAUCGCUGCAAAGUCCUCACAUAUCAGACCAACACUUGUUGUUACACCCUUAAAGAAAUAAGCACUUUCAGUUCAUUUCAUAUAAGCCAGAUUUUCAGAUGUUUUAUACUCUGAGAUAUCAGCUUCCCACAUAAGCUUUACCUAAUAAAACUGUUGAACUAUGACAAAAUAAGUCAGAUAAAACUUGAUUUGAAGCUGGUUCUCAACGCUAACCAUCAAUGUGUCAAUCAUCAAUGCUGCAGACACAUUCCUUUCAAUGGCAGCGGCUCUGGUUUUGAGAUGCCUUUCAUUCAUCGUCUUUCGUUUCCUUUAAUCCAUCUUAUAUCUGUUAAAUUGUUUUGGCAUUUUCUCUCCACAUGUGGUAUUUUCACAAAGACCUAUCAGAGGAAACUGGGUUUUAAAGGUGAAGGUUGAGACUAAACUGAAAUGCCAAAUCUCAGCAGCUGAUGGACUAACUGUGCGGUGACAUUUAAUCAGCAGCUCUUUACACAGAGAUCCCUGAUGAUGAAUUAUAAUAAGGUAAUAACAUCGCACAGUGUAAAGCACAGAUUGUCCCUUCAGUUUUGAUUGGAUUCUCAGUCAUUUUCUCAUAAAACUCUGUUCCUUUUUUGCACGGCAUGAAGAUAGGCAUAAAAUAGGCCCAUAAAUAAUGAAACAUGUUUUAUCAUUUCGUACUAAUCAGACUUAUACAGUGUUGGUCCUGGUCAGAGCUGCUUUAUAUCACCAUUUACCAUCGAUUGACCUUUCCUGAUCUCUUUGUUUGUCCAGUUUGAGCGAGACGUGAUGAUCUGGAACAAUAAGAAGUACAUCUCUAAGCCUCUCCUGGUGAAGGAGGACUCAGCCAUCCAGAAACACAGGCGCUGGUUCAGUCAGUUUUACAGCGAGAACAGCCCGCGGCUGAACUACCAGCGCGACACUCUGGACUUCUGACCUCACUGAAAUGCUCCAGGAGGAGAGAUCAGCAGAGAAGAUGUCAGGUCAGGGCUGACAUGAAUCACAGUCUCGGUGGAGUCCAUUCAGGAUGGAUUUUUAUUGCUCACAUGAUUAAUUCAAGGAAGACGGGACGUCUGAUUAGUUAUGUAAUGGGGCUGGGUGCUCUUUUUCAAGCCUUACUUUAAUUUUCUUAUUCUUAGUCUAAGGGGUAACACGACUUUACAGCUUUAUAUGUACAAGUGUCUACAGUCGUCAUGCUAGCAGGUUUUUGUUCUUACCACUUGAGAUUUGGAGAAAACAUUGCUCAAGCUGCAGUGUGGAAACCCCAAUAAGACAAUAGAGUUUAAAGCCAUAUAGCUCUGCCAAAUGUUACCACAUAGAGCACAUACACUGUGAUUCUUACAUAACUAGUCUAGGUCUUGUCCUCGAGUGUCUGUCUGAGCUGGUCUAGUUUUCUGUCUCUCUGAUUUGGGUUCAUGUAAAUCACCUGGCUGUAGUUUGAGUUCAGUUAAAGGGCUUCUCCCUCACUACCCUACAGUCAGGUGUCGAGCCUCUAUUUCUUUUAUAUAUUAGGAAAUAUAAAUCUGAUUUUUCACUAAUUACAUUUUUAGCAUAUUAUUUGGAUCAAAUAUAUGACUCAGCAAGUCAAAUAAAGCAGGGCAAACAAAAUUAAUCCUGUUUUGUUUUUUAAUAGAAUUACUUAAAGUAUUUUAAAUUGACUUUUUACGCUAGCAUUUAUUAGAUUUGUUUUAUUUUCUGCCCCAAACUGUCUGAAUAUUCUCGCUCAAAUAUUUUUCUAUCCCAUCAAAAAACAUGUAAAAAUGCGCCAACUAGACUCAACUUUAUGGCUUAUCAUUGCUGAGGAGUUUAUUUUUCUGAACUCAAUUUUCUGUUAAUAAUAUUUUGUACUCAUGGCUGAAACUGGCAGGAUUAGCCAAAAGAUUUGUUUUUCUGUUAAAGUCUUGCCGUAGGCAGAGACCAUACAACCAUUGCUUUUCUAGCUGAAACAGCAAAAUGGCAGUGAUUUAAUGUUUAUGCUUGCGUUUGAAUGCUUUUGCUGCUUUACAAGGACAAAAGAGUUAGUCUGUAUACAUGUAGUUUAUUACAUUUGUAAACUUGUAUUUCUCUCUUUGCUUUAGAUAUAAAGGCACACUUUUUUAUUCCAUGCACACUGUCAGCUGUCAUUGACUUAAUCCCUGAUGACUAAAAUGUUUGGAGGCUUUAUUGAAUGCUUCUUUGCGUGCUUGGAAAUGUGCCUGCAUGAUAAUGUAACAAAAGCAUAAAAGCGGUAAUCUUCUGUCGCCUGUGGUAAUGGGGCUUCUUCUGUGGGAUUACUCGGUAUUACAUUGAAUUUCAUUGGAUCAUCAGAUGGUCAUAGAAGGGGAGAAACCAUCAAUGAUACACAGCUCUUCUUAUGGACAUCAGAUCAACUCCUCUCUUCUGUUUCUUUUCAAUAUUAAAAUGUAUUUUUAUAGCUUCCGGAUGUACAGAUGUCAUGUUCAUUUGAAAUAUGCAGAAUAAACGUGUCUCCUCGCCUGUAA